AUGUGGGAAUUUCGGUCCUUCUCCUUUUGGAGAGCGGUUUUUGCAGAAUUCUUUGCUACCAUGUUCUAUGUUUUCUUUGGCUUGGGCGCAUCUCUAAAGUGGGCCUCUGGGCCAGCUAAUGUUUUGCUCAUAGCAUUAGCAUUUGGUCUCAUUCUGGCCACUAUGGUCCAAUCUGUUGGCCAUGUCAGCGGUGCUCAUAUCAACCCAGCUGUCACAUUUGCCUUCCUCAUCGGCUCACAGAUGUCCCUCUUCCGUGCCAUUUUUUACAUUGCAGCACAACUUCUUGGAGCGGUGGCUGGAGCUGCCGUUCUGUAUGGUGUCACUCCUGCAGCAAUCCGUGGCAACUUGGCUCUUAACACGCUACAUCCUGGUGUGAGCCUUGGUCAGGCAACAACAGUGGAGAUUUUCCUCACCUUGCAGUUUGUGCUUUGUAUUUUUGCCACCUAUGAUGAGAGGAGGAAUGGACGCCUGGGCUCUGUAUCUUUGGCCAUUGGAUUCUCCCUCACUUUGGGACAUCUUUUUGGGUUGUACUAUACUGGAGCCGGCAUGAAUCCUGCUAGAUCAUUUGCCCCAGCUGUACUCACUAGAAACUUCACUAACCACUGGGUCUAUUGGGUUGGUCCUAUCAUCGGUGGAGCACUUGGAGGUCUAAUAUAUGACUUCAUUCUCUUUCCAAGAAUGAGGGGGCUUUCUGAGAGACUUUCAAUCCUAAAAGGAGCAAGGCCUGCAGAACCCGAAGGCCAGCAAGAAGCAACGGGAGAGCCUAUAGAGUUAAAAACACAAUCCCUAUAA